AUGGGCAAAUCAUCAUCCCAGCAAAUCCCACUGCUAGAUAUCAAGAUUCUAUACGCUCCAUCAAUGGCUUCCCCAAACAUGACACUGAAGCUUCUGGUUGACAAGAAAGCCCAGAAAGUUUUAUUUGCCGAAGCCACCAAAGACUUUGUGGAUUUCCUUUUCCACAUAUUCUCUUUACCUCUUGGCAGCCUCAUCCAGUUCCUGGGCUCCAAACAAAUGGUGGGUUGCUUAGGUGAUCUUAAAGAAAGCCUUUUGCGGAGGAUAAUGCACCAAAAACACUUUACAGGUGUAGUUAUUCAAAAAACUGUUAUGAUGUCAGGAGGAUAUGUGAAAGAUGUGGUGACUUAUAUGGUUAUGGAUAACUUGGUGGUGAAGCCCAUGUCCACCAUUUCAAGCAUUACUCUCAUCAAUAGCUUUGGUGUGAAGGAUUUGAGUCAGCUUGAGGAGAAAACAUUGCCUUUUGGAAAAGAUGAGGCAUUGAAGCUGUUGAAGGCGUCUUUGAUGACUAAACAAGUGCUCACAACUCUAUUUCAGCGGGAUGCGGAAAUUUUUUAUUUGGGUUAUAUUGCUGUAUUAAAAAUGCAUCAGAAAAUCCAAAUUUUGAAUAUUUGA